AGCGGCGGCCUCGCCGGGCACCUCCCACCGCGCCUGGGCCCCCGCCCCUCCAGGAAGGGGAGGAGGCGGAGCGCCGCCGAGACCGAGCGACCCCCCCUCCCCCGCCCCUGAGGUGGACGCCCCCCGCGAGGACUCGGGUGCGGAGCCCGGCGCGAAGGUAACCGAGCGGCCGCGGGCCGGGGAGGGGCCGCAUCCCGGGGGCUCGGCGGCGCGGGGAUGUUUCCUCAGCCACCUCGGCGUGUGCAACGCCCAGGACUCAUGGGGCUUGAGUCAGAGCACCAUUCUUGGGGACCCUGGAACACUGUCAUGGAGACUGAGAGUGAGCAGAACUCUACCUCCACCAAUGGGAGUUCCAGCUCAGGGGGCAGCUCUCGGCCCCAGAUAGCGCAGAUGUCCCUGUAUGAACGGCAAGCCGUGCAGGCUCUGCAAGCCUUGCAGCGGCAACCCAAUGCAGCUCAGUAUUUCCACCAGUUCAUGCUCCAGCAGCAGCUCAGUAAUGCCCAGCUGCACAGCCUGGCAGCCGUUCAGCAGGCCACGAUUGCUGCCAGUCGGCAGGCUAGCUCCCCGAACAGCAGCACCGCACAGCAGCAGACUGCUACUACCCAGGCCUCGAUCAAUCUGGCGACCACAUCAGCUGCCCAGCUCAUCAGCCGAUCCCAGAGUGUGAGCUCUCCCAGUGCUACCACCUUGACCCAGUCUGUGUUGCUGGGGAACGCUACCUCCCCACUCCUCAACCAGUCCCAGGCCCAGAUGUAUCUGCGGCCACAGCUGGGGAACCUAUUGCAGGUUAACCGGACCUUGGGCCGGAAUGUGCCUCUAGCCUCCCAACUCAUCCUGAUGCCCAAUGGGGCAGUGGCUGCAGUCCAGCAGGAGGUGCCGCCCGCUCAGUCUCCGGGAGUUCAUGCAGAUGCAGAUCAGGUGCAGAACUUGGCAGUGAGGAACCAGCAGGCCUCAGCUCAAGGACCCCAAAUGCCAGGAUCCACUCAGAAGGCCAUCCCUCCCGGAGCUUCUCCUGUUUCUGGCCUCUCCCAGGCUUCUAGCCAGGCCCUAGCUGUGGCACAGGCUUCUUCUGGGGCCUCAGGCCAGUCACUCAACCUUAGCCAAGCUGGUGGAGGCAGCGGGAAUAGCCUCCCAGGCUCCAUGGGUCCAGGUGGAGGUGGCCAGGCCCCUGGGGGCUUGGGUCAGUUGUCUUCUUCAGGAUUGGGUGUUGGAAGCUGUCCCAGGAAGGGCACAGGAGUGGUGCAGCCCUUACCUCCAGCUCAGACAGUGACUGUGAGCCAGGACAGCCAAACGGAGGCAGAAAGUGCAGCAGCCAAGAAGGCAGAAGCAGAAGGGAGUGGCCAGCAGAAUGUGGGCAUGAACCUGACCCGGACGGCCACACCUGCCCCCAGCCAGACGCUCAUUAGUUCAGCCACGUACACACAGAUCCAGCCCCACUCACUGAUUCAGCAGCAGCAGCAGAUCCACCUCCAGCAGAAGCAAGUAGUGAUCCAGCAGCAGAUCGCCAUCCACCACCAGCAACAGUUCCCGCACCGCCAGUCCCAGCUGCUGCACACAGCUACACACCUCCAGCUGGCGCAGCAGCAGCAGCAGCAGCAACAGCAGCAGCAAACAACAAUGUUGGACUGGACCCCAGUACAGUUUAUUUUUGGUGAGAAGGCCUCUCGAUGUGUGUUCUCGGUCCUCAUCCUCCCCUUCUUUUGUGUUGUCUGUCACACUUGUCUGCCCGUUCAGGCACAGAUUGGCCAUCAAGCCUAUUACCAACAGGUUUCUUACCUGGCCUUCAACGAUCUUAAGGUAUGCACCGCGUGGGACCCUUCAGCUUACUUUCACAAUCUUAUUCAACAGCCAGGGCAACGUUUUACUAAUUUUUUUGUGCAUCUCAAUAAGGCAGGAGAGUGGAGAGUAGGCCCAGGCCCAACUAGGGAAAUGUUAAUCAAACAAUUGGUUUGGGAAGUGCUUAAUACCCCCACCUGCAGUGUGGUUAUAACGGUCUGCAAUGAGGACAUUCACAAGUGGGAAUUAGUCAUAAGAGAUCUUGACCCCAGUAAUGGUCCCGUUAAUGCCCUCACUUCUCCCUGGAUGUCCUCCUGGCAGAUGUGCAGUAUGCUGACAAUAUACACAGGGGCCCCCAAGUAG